AUGAGGCUGAUGGGAUUUCCAGAAAAAUAUGUAAAUUGGGCGAUGGCAAAUAUAAGCACAAUAUCUUACUCAAUAAUUGUAAAUGGGAAGCCAAUCAAGCCAUUUGAAGCAAAGAGAUGGCUAAGGCAGGAAGAUCCACUUGCACCACUGCUUUUUAUCAUAGCAAUGGAGUACUUGUGUCGAUUACUCAAGCAGCUAGGAAACAACAAAAACUUCAAGUUCCAUCCAAGGUGUGCUAAACUGAAUCUCAUACAGUUAGGAUUUGCUGAUGACCUACUGCUAUUCUGCAAGGGAGAGGAGAAAUCUGUGGUGGAAAUUCAUAAUCAGUUUCAAAGAUUCUCCAAAGCUUCUGGACUAGUAGCAAACACAAGCAAGAGCAGUGUAUACUUUGGUGGAGUUAACAACAGGGUGCAGCAAAGAAUUCUGAGAUUUCUAUGGACUAGGAAUGUUGAACCAACAAGAAAAGCACUGAUUGCUUGGGACAAACUCUAUGUACCUAAAUCAGCAGGGGGACUAAACUUCAUCAACAUAGAGAUAUGGAAUAAAGCAGCUAUUUGUAAGUUGUUAUGGAACAUAUGUAAAAAGAAGGAGAAAAUGUGGGUGCAAUGGGUCCAUACGUAUUAUAUAAAAGGGAACAGUACUUGUGACACAGAGCCUAGGAAUGCAUCCUGGGUAAUACAGAAGUUCUUCAAAGCAAAGGCGCAAUUCCAAGAGGCAGGAUAUUCAGAAGAAGAUGUGAAGCAACUAGAUAGUUUCUCCACCAAACAGAUGUACAAAAGACUACAAGGGGGCUUCCAAAAGGUGCCAUGGAGAGGGCUAGUAAGCAAUAACAAGGGGAUGCCUAAAUGGAUUUUCAUCCUAAGGUUGGCAAUCCUAGAUAGACUAGCUACCAAGGAAAGACUUGCUAGAUGGGGCUUAAUGGAUGAAACAAAACCGUUACAGUGGCAAGGGAUCGUGAGAAUGAAAAAACAAUGGCAUGAAGAAGUACAAUGGGCAGUGGAGAAAGCAGCAGGAAAGAGUGCUGGAGCAGAGUUAUACAGAAUUACUUUGGCUGCAGUUGUUUAUCAUGUCUGGCAAGCUAGGAAUAAGAGUAUAUUUCAAAAGGAAAAAGUCAAUUUUGUGAGUAUAGUGAAAGUGAUAGUGCAGGAGAUUCAUAUACGAGCUCAAAGUUGUAAAAAGCUGGAUACCUACCUAAGUAAUAUGAACUGGUACCCAGUAUAA